CCGGGCGCACACGUAGGCAGAGAGCGCGCUGGAGGCGCCGGGGAACGUUCUGCCCGGCAGUUCCCGGCCAGGGUUGCCUAGGAGACGGGGCUCGCGAGCGGCUUCCAUGGCUGCGUCGGACCGAGUGGUGCUGGGGCCGCUGGUGGGUUCGAUAGACCAGGGCACCAGCUCCACGCGCUUCCUGGUUUUUAAUGCGAAAACAGCAGAGCUCCUGAGUCACCAUCAAGUAGAAAUAAAACAGAAAUUCCCUAAAGAAGGAUGGGUGGAACAAGAUCCAAAGGAAAUCUUGCAAUCCGUUUAUGAAUGUGUGGAGAAAACAUGUGAGAAAUUGAACCAGCUAAACAUAGACAUCACCAACAUAAAAGCUGUUGGAGUCAGCAAUCAGAGAGAGACAACUGUGGUUUGGGACAAGACAACUGGAGAACCUCUCUAUAAUGCUAUUGUGUGGCUUGACCUGAGAACCCAGCCAACAGUUGAGAGGCUUCUUAAAAUAAUUCCAGGGCAAAAUAAAUCCUUUUUUAAGACCAAGACUGGCCUUCCACUUAGCACAUAUUUCAGUGCAGUGAAACUUCGGUGGCUCCUAGAUAACGUGGAAGAGAUCAGGCAAGCUGUUCGUGAUGGGCGAGCUAUGUUUGGUACCAUUGAUUCAUGGCUUAUAUGGAGUUUGACAGGUGGGAAGAAUGGAGGUGUUCAUUGUACAGAUGUCACCAAUGCCAGUAGAACAAUGUUGUUCAACAUUCAUUCCUUGGAGUGGGAUUCUGAACUCUGCCAUUUUUUUGAUGUUCCCAUGGAAAUACUUCCAAAAGUGCGGAGUUCCUCUGAGAUAUAUGGUUUGAUGAAAUCCGGAGCCCUGACAGGUGUGCCAAUUUCUGGGUGCCUGGGUGACCAAUCUGCUGCUCUAGUUGGACAAAUGUGUUUCAAGGAUGGACAAGCAAAAAACACGUAUGGAACAGGAUGUUUCUUGCUUUGCAAUACAGGUCAAAAGCCUAUUUUGUCUGAACAUGGCCUUCUGACCACAGUGGCUUACAAACUGGGCAGAGACAAACCUGUAUGUUAUGCACUAGAAGGCUCUGUUGCCAUAGCUGGUGCUGUUGUUCGUUGGCUAAGAGACAAUCUUGGUAUAGUAAAGUCUUCAAGUGAAGUUGAAAAACUUGCUGCAGAAGUGGGAACUUCAUAUGGCUGCUACUUUGUCCCAGCAUUCUCAGGAUUAUAUGCACCAUACUGGGAACCCAGUGCACGAGGUAUUAUCUGUGGCCUUACUCAGUUCACAAAUAAAAACCACAUUGCCUUCGCUGCGUUAGAGGCUGUCUGCUUUCAAACACGAGAGAUUUUGGAUGCUAUGAACAAGGACUGUGGGAUACCACUGAGUGAGUUACAAGUAGAUGGAGGAAUGACCAACAACAAGAUUCUCAUGCAACUUCAAGCAGAUAUUCUCUGUAUUCAAGUAGUGAAGCCAUCAAUGCCUGAAACAACAGCACUAGGAGCUGCAAUGGCAGCCGGAGCGGCAGAAGGAGUUGGAGUUUGGAGUCUGAAUCCUGGGGAUUUGACAGCAGUGACAUGGGAACGAUUUGAACCACAGAUCAAUCCUGAGGAGAGUGAAUAUCGCUAUGCCAGGUGGAAGAAAGCUGUAAUGAAAUCAAUGGGCUGGGAGAUAUCUGAACCUCAGGCAAAUGGUGACUCUAGUAUCUUCUCUAGUCUGCCUUUGGGUUUUUAUAUAGUGAGUAGCAUGAUAAUGUUAAUCGGAGCAAAGUACAUCUCAGAGUUGGAACUGAAGCAACAUCUCUGCAUGGUGCAUUGUGCUGUCCCAGUUGCUUCCUCUGAAAGAUAGAAUUGACAAAUGAGGCUACUUAAUGGAUUACCGGAAUUCAGCCUGUUUGGUUUAUAUGGGAAGAGAGAAGAAUACAGUUAUCUCCCAAUAUGAUGUCACUGUUUGUAUGAUUAGUUAAUUUAUAAACUCAUCUGUUGUCUGACCUAGAAAGACAUCCAAGACGAUGGAUUUCUAACCUGAAAUGAGGAAACUAAACUUCCCUCAACCCCCCCCCCCAUACAAUUAUACCUGUCUUUUCUCCUCUCUGAUUCCCCACCACUACCUUUUAAGUAGCCUUUCAGGGUCUAUAGGUCCUAACUUUGAGGACAUGCCAUAAAUAGAAGUUGUAGCCUUUCUAAUUGUUGGUACUUUAUUAUAAUGCACUAUAGUAAGUCAUAAAACAGUAAAAUUAUUUCCCAGCUACUGUGAAUUACUGUAGUUAUAUUUCUAUGGUUUCUAAAAGCAUUUUUGGUUCAGUAGCCAUUGGAUUGAAACAUCUCUAUUGGUAUAGGUUUUUUUUGUUUUUAUUUUUUAACACUAACUCAGUGUAUAAUCCGUACCGGACACUUUAAUAUCUGCUGGUAAUGUCAGCAUUAAAUGAGGUUUGUUUUAUUGUCUCUUGCAUACAUUCAUGGGAUGAUCAUUGAUAAGAACUAUUUAAGACACUAAAUCGUAACUGUCUCUUUUGGAAGGGGGCAGGCAAAAUCAACUUUUUUGUAAAGGCCAUUUUUGUACUUUUGCAUUGUUUUGAAAGCUAGAUUUUACACUGUCCACAGUGGAGCCUGGUAGUCCUUAAUAGCCAGUAGCCCUUACAGUUAAAAGGAUGUAUUGACCCUUGUUGUCCAGUGCUGCAUUUGGUCUUUUCUCAUCCCAGUUUAGGAUACUACAUGAUGCACAAAACUUUAGAAAGAUGCAGCUAUUGCUGUUUACAAAACAGGAUCCACUCUAAAUAAGUUGUUCUCCCUCAUCACUUUCUGUUCUUGAUUACAUUUAGUGUAUCUUAAGGACCAAAAGCUGCUUCUGAAUUUGUAUCACCAUGUUUUUACUUCACAGUGAGCUUGUUUUGUGUCUUGAAUUGUGGUGAUUGCAAGCCCAAAUCAAAGCUUUGGGAUACACAAACUUGAGUAUCCAAAACUAGUCAAUUAAGGUCUAAGCCACAAAUUUAGAAAUUGCUUUCAGUCCACUUAAAAGUUUAGACCCUGUAUAUCUGAACAAAUAGUCAUCUAAUGUGAUUAUAGGUUCUUCUCACUUUUCCUGUUUGCAUAGUGACAAUCUGACAGUAGCAGCAUAAAUUAUUUAAAAGUUUAUUUGAUAGGGCAGAGAAAAUAGGCAAAAUGAUACUAAUGUUACAGUGACACUGAGGAGGAGGGUCAGUGUGGGAACUCUCCUGUCAUUUAUUUUGAAUGUUUCUCAUAGAUGCACUAGGAACUAAAGGGAGUGCUUUUGUGUUCAAAAGAUCUCUCCUGGUCUGCUUUGUGCAAAAGCAGUCAUUCUUUAAAAAAGCUUUAUUUCUCCCAUAAACUGUAAAGGAGGAGCUAAGUAGAGAAUAUGAAGUAUUGGAGCUGCAUAAAAGUUCAGGUCUGAACAUGUGUUUAAUAUAAACUGCCUUUUUAUUAUCAAGUGCAAUGAAGUCUGAAAACCUCUGCUUUUUAAAUGUUCACUGAGGAAUAUAUUUUCCCAUUGGUGCUUGUAUAACUGAUAUUCAUGGGAGUCUGAUGCACUGGUGGAAAUAUAUAACCUCCCUUCAUACCCAUAAUCUGUUCACUCAGUCCUUAGGUCACUUGAAUGUACUUUGUCCACACUAACUUCUGUAAAUACCUAGUCUUUGAAUAUGUGUAGCAAUGAAGGUUUCUGGUUUUCAGUAUGUAUUCAGGUGUAUCUGUAGAAGUAUACUGAAGGAGUGUCAUCAGUAAAUAAUGGUAAAACAACAAAGCUGCUCAGCUUUACACAAUUCUUAAUCUUCAUACCCUUUGACUUACUCUCUUCAACCUCACAUCUAUACUACAGGGACUACAUUGGCAUAGCUACGGUGUAGUUAUGCCAUCUUAAUUCUGUACUGUGGCUGCAGCCUGCUCCAAUAAAAGUUUUUCCAUUGGUAUAGGAACAGCACCUUGCCAGGUGAUGGUAUCUUGGUUGAUGGAAGCAUGCUUUUGUUGACCUAGCUGCAUCUACACAGGGAAUUAGGUCGGCAUGGCUACAUCGCUUUUGGGAGGUGAGUUUUUCACAUCCUUGAGCAAUGCAGCUAUGUUGAGCUAACCACCAGUGUAGGCCAGACAAACACCAGGAACCAAUGUUGUGCUAAUAGCCCUUGGAGGAGGACACUGAUAAAGGGUGGUGCAUACUCUAGAAAAUGGGGUUUCUGAAUAGUUAUUUGCCAAAAUUACUUCCCAGGUGGUUAUUUUCUCCAGAAUAAUGCUGAAACAGGAAACCUGUAAUAAGUAGUGAACUGGAAAUCAUUAAUUUCAUUAUGUUGCCUUUUACACUGGUGUAUCUCUUUUGCAAACAGUAUUGAUUCUGCUGGUUUUCUGACAAAUCAAACCUGUUGUGAGAUGAUGCUGUUCCAAUUGCAGUUUGUGAGUAAAUGACUAACUUAUUUUUUGUGAGAUUCAAAUUACUGUUACAGAUAUUUUUUUAAAAACUGUUACUUCAACACCAUUGUUAAUUUUCUACCAAAUAGCUUAUAUUAACUGUAAAUAACUUGAAAACCUCUUCAAAUAAAUUGUGUGAAUAGAA